AUGGAGAGUUCAGAACAGGAUGAAAAUGCAUUGGUGGAAAGAGUUUUCCUGCGAAUUGGAUCAGCAGACAGUGAUGAACAGCUGGAGACUGCACUUGGAAAAUUUCUAGCUCCGUUGCUGUUGAAACUCAACAGUCCCAAUGAGUCUGUCCGAUCAAAGGUUCUUAAUCUGCUGGCCCAUAUUAAAACGAGACUGAAAAGCCGAAAUCAGAUUAAACUUCCUCUUGAAGCACUGCUGGCCCAGUUUCAAGAUCCAAAGGCUACUCCUUUCGUCACAAACUUCACUAUUCUGUUUAUAAAGCUGGGAUUUCCUCGACUUGAGCCAGAGAAGCAAGCACAAAUGUUGCCAUUGCUGAUUAACUGUUUAGAAGGAAGAUCAGUCAGUCACCAGGACAGCAUUCUUCAGUUGUUGUUACCAGCACUUCAGCAUAUCAAAAUGCCAAAGACAGAUGCUCAAGUCAGGGCCAUGUUUCCUUUGAGGGACAAGCCUGCAGUGAAGCGCUUGCUCCUGGACUAUUUUAUGGAUGUACUGCUUUUGCCAUACAACUCGCAAGUAGCAGCAGCCCCACGACGUGCAGAUGAUGGCUCUGAUGCCAAUGCUGCAAAUGUGCAACCUUCAUCUGUGCCUCCACCACCAGGUCUCAGCCAGGCUGCAUUUCAGCGCCUGAUCUCUGAGAAUCCCUUGUCACCAGAUGAUCUGGAGAAAGCCAAGCUCAACAUUAUCACAUUUAUAACUAGUGGUGUGGUCGAAGAGUCAGAUAUUGCUUGCCAUCUUGUGGUGGCUUCUUCAGAUACCAGGCACAGUGUUGCUACAUCUGCUGAUAUGGAUUUAAAGAAAAUAACUGGGUCUGUGGAUUGGAACUCUAAGGAAAUUCUGAGCAAGCUCUUUUCCAUAUUUCAAGGCACUGUUGUGGUGAAAGGACAGCCGACUGUAAAACCUGAUGAUCGACGUAGUGCUGUUGGUCCUAGGAUCAGGCUGAAAAUCUUCCCCAUACUCCUGAAGGCAAGGGAGGCAAGCAACAUGUUUCCUGCUUGCUUGCAGCUUGUGUUUGAUUGCCUGUUUGGUCCAUCCCCGAAUGCUAAACUUCGUAUAAUGGCUGUAGAAUUUGUCCAUCAUAUUUGUCUCAAUUGUGAUGAUGCCAAGUUUGCAAUGCUUGAUGCGGUUUUAUUGAAUGGAAUGUUGAAGCUGAUUCAAGAAGCAAAAGAGAAUCAGAAAAUCGACAAGCAUAUGUUGUACAAGGACCCAAAGCUACGGAGUCUGGCUUACAUUGCCGUGGGCAAAAUUGGCAGGAGAUCGCCUCACAGACUGACAAAAGACAUUCAGGUGGUGCAGACAUUCUUUGAUGCCAUAUGCCAGGAGGAGGGUGACACCAGACUAGCAGUGCAGGAAGCUCUUUCCUUGAUGUCAAAUGCAUUUAGCAAUCUUGACACCACAAACAAGCAACUCCUGGAGGCCCUUCUGCUUCAGAAUAUUGACAAGGUGGAGCCACAGGCAAGAAUGGUGACAGUUCAGUAUGCAGCGGCUGUGUUUCCUAGCAAUCACAUUCCCUCAAGAUAUAUACUGAUGCUAGGAGCUGGAGAUAUCAAAGAUGAUGUGAGAGCAGAGUCAGUGAAAGCACUACGAAAAACUCAGUCAAGGUCAGUAGUGAAACCCUCAGAGGUAAACACUCUGCCUGAUUUUUUGGAGAUGGUCAGUUAUGUUGCAGAAAAGGGUAAACAACGAAAAGUGUCCCAACACAGACAUGUGGCUGUCAAUGCUGUCCUGCCUUUCAACCCAUCAUCUUAUUUUGAGAUCUUGAUGUACUUACGAAUGUGCCUGGCACAAAGCUCGGGAGCUCCUGUAUCUUGGGAAGUGGAGACGCUGAUGGAGCAUGCGCCACUUGUAGCUGCCAGAGUUCGAUUAUUGCUGCAAGAGUUUGAUAGUGACCAAGGACCAGUGCAGUUGUAUGUUCAAAUGCUGCAGGAACUACUUUUUGUGUCAGCAAAUGCUGAAACUAUGUACUGCUUGCUGGAAAUUGUGGCCAUGGUGCCAGAUAUACUUGCUGCAAAGCUUCAAAAACACCAAGAUUGGCUGAAGAAUCUUCUGAGUAGUUCAAAAGAUGGCAUCAAGGAGUUUGCUGCAGAACUCUAUGCUAUAAUAAACUUCCAGUGCAAGUCUGGAGCUGAGUUCAGAAAGGAAGUGGAGGAGCUUCUAAAAAAUUUGACCAAUAAGAAUUCAGAACUUGUUUUAGGAUCUUUAUUGACUCUUGGAUACUUCGUUGGUCUCAAGAUAAAAUCUGCUAGUACAAUGGAAAUUACACAACUCAGUAAUGAGAACAAACUGCUAGCUGACACUGUCAAGGCUAUAGCUGCACUUCUAAGCCACAGCAGUGUGUCAGUAAAAACCACAGCGUGCCUAGCUCUAGGAGAAAUAGGACGCAAUGGACCACUGCCAUUGCCACGAGGUGUAGAAGUGGGGGUGGAAAAUGGGGUCCUUCACAGUGGAGCAGAGUCAGAAGCAGCCGACAGGAAGGAGGACUCAAAAAGGGCUAAAGUUGAAAAUGACGAGGAGAUAACCAAGUCUUCGUUGGUGAAGACCUUAAUAGCUAUGAUUAAAACAAGUAAUGAGGCCAAUAAGACCAAGGAAAGAGCUGCAGCUUGUCUUGGGGACAUUUGUGUUGGUGACUUGGAGUUCCCCCACAGGAAGGAAGCCAUUGUAGAAUUGAUCAAUUCUCUUCAGACUAAACAAGUGGAACUUCAUUUCACAAUUGGUCAAGCACUGGUGGACAUGGCAAUGGGUCCAACCUCACCUAGAGCAAGAUGUGCCUGGACCACAUCCAAAGAAGAUCAUCAGAAAAAUGUUAAAGACAUGAAAGAUGAAGUAGACUGGUUUCUCAAGGAGCUUCUUUCAAAAUACAUCCGGCACUCCAACCCGCACUUGAGACAGGGUGCUUGUGUCUGGCUGUUAACUUUGAUGCGCCAGGCGGGUCAUCACCGUGCAGUGCAAGAAUCACUGCUGGACAUUCAGAGAGCAUUCAUGAUGAUGUUAUCUGAGAACGAUGAAAUCACACAAGAUUUGGCAAGUAAAGGUCUUGGUCAAGUUAUAGAGGUGUGCACGCCAGAACAGAAAGACAAACUUGUCUCUGAGUUGGUGGAAACACUCAUGACAGGCAAGAGAUCUAGGACUGAAGUUAAUGCAGACACUACAGUAUUUCAGAGUGGUGCUCUGGGUAAAGCACCAGAUGGGGGAGAGCUUUCUACUUAUAAAGAGUUGUGUGCUAUAGCUACAGACUUGAACCAGCCUGACCUCAUCUAUAAGUUCAUGAACCUGGCUAAUCAUAAUGCAAUGUGGAAUGCACGCAAGGGCGCAGCAGUUGGUUUCUCCACCAUCGCUGCACAGGCUGGAGAACAACUUGCUCCAUAUUUGACACAGAUUGUACCACGACUGUAUCGCUAUCAGUUUGAUCCCAACCCCAAGAUACAACAGGCCAUUUCUGGUAUUUGGAAUGUUCUAGUUCAGGACAACAAGAAAACUGUGGACACUUAUCUGAAGCAAAUCUUGAAUGACCUUUUGAAGAACUUAACCAGCAAUCAGUGGCGUGUGCGAGAGUCCAGUUGUCUGGCAGUCAGUAACCUGUUGCGAGGGCGAGUUCUCGAUGAUGUUGUUGAUGACAUGCCAGAGCUGUGGGAAAUCUGCUUGAGAGUCAGGGAUGAUAUCAAGGAGUCUGUAAGGCUUGCUGCAGACCAGGCUUGUAAGAUGCUUAGCAAGGUGUCCAUCAAAAUGUGUGAUGUGAGCAAUGGAAAGGUUGGUGAACAUGCCACCAAACUUAUUCUGCCUUGUUUGCUGCAGUGCUCUCUGCACAGUACUGUAAAAGAGGUCAGGGCUAUUGGAUUGUCUACCCUGCUGGAAAUCAGUCGUAAUGCAGGUGCCCUGUUAAAGCCAAACAUCCCAGUGUUGGUGACAGCUCUUCUAGAAGCUACAAGUGGGCUGGAGCCUGAAGUGAUCAACUAUCUGAGCCUGCAGCUGGGAAGUCAAGCAGGUCAAGAUAAGCUCGACAGUAUCAGAAUUGCAUCCUCAAAAAUGUCACCUAUGAUGGAAACAGUUAACAGGUGUGUUCAGUAUGUGGACAGUACUGUCCUGCCUGAGUUGAUCCCUCGAUUAGUUGAACUUGUGAAAGGAGGCAUUGGUGUUAGCACUAAGGCAGGAUGUUCUAGUUUUGCUGUUUCCCUGGUGUACCAGUGCCCUCAGGACCUCAGUCCAUAUGCAGGCAAAUUGUUGGCAGCAUUUCUUCAUGGUCUGAAUGACAGAAAUGCAACAGUUCGCAAAGCUAAUGCAACAGCCAUUUCCCAUCUUGUCAGAAUAGCCAAGGACAGUAGUGUGGAAAAACUGAUUCAGAAACUCAAGACCUGGUACUUGGAGAAUGACGGCCCAAACACCCAUCAUGCAUGUAGUGUGACAUUACAAGCCAUUGCCAAAAACAGUCCUGAUUGUCUGCGUCGCCAUGCCAACCUGGUGAUGCCUCUGGCUUUCUUUGCCAUGCAUGAACAAAAACAGAAAGAGGAAGGAAAGAAAACAGAUGAGGCUUCCGAGUGGGAAGAUGUUUGGAAUGAAAUAGCACCAGGCACGGAGGCUGGCAUUCGUUUAUACUUGCCUGAAAUAGUUGCCCUGCUCUCCUCAUGCCUUCAGUCUCAGACCUGGUCAUUCAAAGUCCAAGCUGCUCAGGCCAUGGCCACAGUGGCCCAGAAGUUGCAGAGUCAGCUGGGGCAGCCAUAUUUGGGAGAUCUGUUAAGUGCAUUGCUGGAUGGGCUAUCAGGACGCACAUGGGAAGGGAAGGCAGCUUUUUUGAAGGCAUUAUCAGCAACUUGCAUAUCCUGCAAAGAAGAAAUUAUCAAAGCUGAAACUGCUGAAACAAGCCAACCAAAUCUUAAACAG